AUGGAUAUGAUUCUAGAUGACAAAACUCUGGAUGAUAAUGUCGAAUCUUUCUUUUCGCAUGAUUCUGGCGAUCCAAGGGACAAAGUUGGUCUGUCUACUGAUGUCACUAAAGGAUUCAAAUUUUCGGAGAUCCGGGUCCUGCCAGCCAGCACAAGUAAAGUUGAAUGCUGUCACUUCUCAUCAAAUGGAAAGCUGCUUGCUACUGGCGGACAUGACAAAAAAGUGACACUUUGGAGCACAGAAUCUUUCACAGUAAAUUCUGCACUUGAAGAACAUUCACAGUGGAUUACUGAUGUCCGUUUCAGCCCAAGCAUGUUGAGACUUGCUACAUCUUCUGCUGACAGAACUGUUAGAGUUUGGGAUGCUGAUAAUGCAGGCCACUCACUUCGGACCUUCACAGGACAUUCUGCAAGUGUCAUGUCAGUUGAUUUCCACCCUACUAAAGAGGACCUUUUAUGUUCUUGUGAUGGUAAUAAUGAGAUGCGCUACUGGAGUAUCAAGAACGACAGUUGUGCUGGAGUUGUCAAGAAUGCUAUGAAGAUGAGAUUUCAACCUCGCCAUGGAAGGCUCCUUGCAGCAAUGGCUGAAAAUUUGGUUUACAUACUGGAUGUCGAAACUCAAGUUGGGAAACUCGAAUUACAGGGUCAUAAAAGCCCAAUUAACUCUGUUUGUUGGGAUCCAUCUGGCGAGUUUCUUGCAUCUGUGAGUGACGACUUGGUACGAGUCUGGAAAAUUAGCUCUGCCAGCAAAGGACAUUGUAUUCGCGAGCUAAACCACUCAGGAAACAGGUUCAACACCUGUGUUUUUCACCCAACCCAUCCAUCACUCUUGAUCAUCGGAUGUUACCAGACUCUGGAGCUGUGGGACAUGGCUGAAAACAAGACGAUGACCAUUCAAGCACACGCGCAAAAGGUUUCCGCCUUGGCAGUAUCAAGCGACAACGCCUUGGUAGCUACAGCGAGCCACGACAUGGUUGUCAAGCUCUGGAAGUGA